AUGGGCCCGGCAACAGGCAAAGAAAAACGCGGUCGGGCGAAGCGAAAACCUCGAAUUUCGGUGCGCAAGCUCCCCAAAGCUGGCUCCAAGUUUAGUCCCGGUUACCGAGUGGGCGCAUCGCAGGACUUGCCAAUCACGCUCGAUAGCGACGAUGACGUGCCGACAAGCACUCCCCAGCGUAUUGACCCUCGUCGAACACAAGUCUCACUCGCCGAGCCCAACCUACGAGGUUUCCGCUACGAUGGCACGAGCGAGAGCCCGCGCGCGUUACCGAAUAUGUCGCAUGCACCCAUAGGCUUCGUCCUACGACGCUCCUCACCAACAUCUAGCGGGCCCGCAAAGGAUCGAUCGCAUGCUGUACCCCAAGAAACACUACAACGAGAUUCUGAUGGCGAUGAAGAAGCGGCACCGAUCCGUAAGCCUGCCACGCGACCUCGCGCGCUCGAUGGAUGCCGGAAAGAGAGCAAGCCUGGGACUAGCAACAUGAGUCUUAUGGAUAUCGACGACUUCGGGCUGAGAAGUAAGGUCGCUCAGCUAAUGGCCGUGGCACCCGCGCUACCCAUUGUGGAUCUCUAUCACCUCAUCAUGGACAGCGAAGGCGAUCUACCAUUGGCGAAGAAACAAGCCAUCAGGAUGAGUGAAGCCCCACCGGCACAGUGUCAACCAGGCUUGGAUGCAGAUGGCGAAGAGGUCAUGGUCAAGAUAGACCCAAACGAUCCCGCUUUUGAGUGGGACGACGAUGAACCGCAGCCGGAGUCAGCCGCUACAACGGCAUCGAGACCACAGUCCAAGCCGAAGAACAAAGCUACAAAGUCAAAGAGUCUACACCAUCAUGCAAAGCUCUCCAAAAGCGCAAAGUCAGGUGCAAAACACUGCUCAAACACGAGCGCCAAACGAACGAAGUCGUCUUCAAUGAACCCUACACACGCCAGAGAGACCAGCAGCGAUCGCGAGUUCAUCGUUCCGGAUAAUACUGUCCAUUACGAUCUCAAUUCUGAUAUCUCUAAUGGCUCCGAUGAGUUUCUUGGUGUUGAGACACCAUAUCUGAGUGACGGAGAGCCCAGCCCGGAGGUAGAAUACGAGAUGGUGGAAUAUGCUGUGCAGAACGCACUGGCAAAAGAACGUGGCCUCCCGAGUGGCAACACGUUCGAGCGCAAGACCCCAAUACGUACAAGUAGUUCCAAGUCACCAAUCUCGCAACGAAAGCGACGCUUCAUCAUCGACUCGGAUGACGAGGAUAGCACAUCUUCAACGUCGUCUCCACCAUCUAACCAGAAAUACCACCAGAAAGAGCGAUCUAUCCGUUCUGUCAGUCGCAACACAAAGCAACGAAGAGACAGUUUCCUAUCUGACUCCGACGCUCCCGGCGAUCAACCAGUCAAAAAGGCGAAGAAGCCGCGACAAGACUUGGCGGCCGAGCUGGACGAUCUGGAUAUCGAAAUGGAAGGUUGGAGCGCGGCUGAAGAGACGCCUAGGAGACAGCGGCGUAAAAAAUAG